CCAAGGGGGCACAACAACUGAAGCUCCAGCCUUCCCCAACCAAGAAUCUCGGUGUUUCUUUUGAUGGGAACGAGCAGAAGAACCUCUUACACAAAGUCAAUAGGGGUUUCAGCAUUGUUUCUCCAGUAAGGUUAUCGGUGCAAUGAGCACAUGAAUCUCUCUACCCGAACCGAGAACAGCCAUGCAAAUCAAGGACCGCACCUUCAUCGUCAGCGGAGGCUCUUCUGGCCUGGGUCUCGCAACCACCGUCAUCUUCCUCCAACACGGCGCGAACGUCUCCAUCCUCGACCUUAACCCUCCGCCAUCAGAUGCCUCCCUCGACCCUUCCCGAAUCCUCUUCACAAAGACAAACGUCGCGUCUACCGAGUCACUACAAGAAGCCUUGCAAAAUACACUGAAAUGGAUUCAAGAGACCACUAAACCGCUGUCCGGUGUCAUCUGUUCCGCAGGGAUCGGCACGGCAGCACUCGCACUUCCCAGGCAGGAUCCUUCGGCGACCCAUGAAAGCGUCAAAUACAUGGACAUGACUGGCUUUGAUCGCACCUUGGCUAUCAACCUCCGGGGCACGGUUGAUCUGAUCCGCCUCACUGUUCCGCACAUGGCUCUGAACAAACCAUGGGGCCCCGACGGCGAGCGAGGGAUCGUGGUUGUUGUCUCGUCUGUGGCGGCAUAUGAAGGCCAAGUCGGUCAACUGGCCUACAGCGCAAGUAAGGGUGCUGUCCGCAGCAUCGUCCUCCCGCUGGCCCGUGAGCUGGGCCAGAAGGCUGGGAUUCGAGUACUAGGGAUUGCGCCUGGUGUGUUCCAGACCGGCAUGACCACGAAGCCAAAACCCCCUCAGCCGGGAUCAGGACAACAGUCGGGGGCUGGAAAACCAAAAGGGAGCACGGGAUCGCGAGCAGGGAUGAAUACCGAGAUGAUCCAAUAUCCAAUGCGCAUGGGGCAGGGUCAUGAAUUCGCGCGGCUGAUCAAAGAGAUUGUGGAGAAUCCCAUGCUGAAUGGGUUUGUCAUUCGACUCGACGGCGCCGUGAGGAUGCCUAGCCGGCUGUAGACAUCUGUAUACUCCUUGCACCCCACCACGCAGAAAGCACUUUCGCAGAAGUAUUAGAAAGACCAUUUGAAAACCACAUUAUUCACCGCAUCAUUCAGGGCCGAAACACAGCAUCCCCAGCACUCUCCGCCUACCCACUCCGCCCUCCCUUUCCCGCUCCUUGGCCGCCUCGGAUUUCCGCCUCUCCUUCUCCUUCCUCUUCUGCUCCUUCUUCUCCUCCCGCGUCAUCUCGGGCGGUAACCCCAGACUGACCCGCCUCUCGCGUUCCUCCUGCCUCUUGCGCUCCUGCUCCUCGAGCACCCGGCGCUUGAGGGCUUGGUACUGCGCGGCCUCGCCCUCGGCCACGCCGUCUUUGGCAACGACGCCGUUGCCGACGGAGAGGAAGGUCGCCAUGAAGACCCGGGGGACGGAUAGAUGAGUAGAUUGGGUUCCAGGAUGGGAUUCAGAGGGGUAUAUAGAUCGGUGGGUCGAUAGUUCUCUUCUCUUCGCUUUUCCUUUCUAGUGCAGGUUUGCGAUUACCUCGGUAGAUAGGUGGGUGGGAAUGAAUGGACGAGAGACUGAUGCGGAAGGUAGAGUCUCAAUAGCUCCUGUACUUUGCGAAAUCGUGGAAAAUCGUGGAGGAUGUGUUCCAAAGAGUCAAGUCGGGUGAAAAGAGUAGAGGUCUAUGGCGGUAAUAAAUCCAAUGUUCU